CAUUUGCACGCGUACGGGACGGUUGGAUACUCUUUUGGCGCUCAAGUUCGGAAGACGCGUUUGAAGUUAAAUUUUCAUCUACAGCCCACAGUCGGGAGAAAAGCCGAACACGUGUCGGCUGUCUGGGAAAAUCAAUUUUCCCGAGCUUUCGUCGCUUAUGGUCCCGGCAACCAGACGGUAUCGGUUCUGUCGCUGGCCAAAGGUCGUUCGUGCGAAGAUCUGUGAAUCAGACAAGUAAUAUUGUGUGAUCUCAUUGAGCGGUUAAUUGGUUCUGAAAAGAUAUCCGUCUCGCAGAGAGACUGAGGUGGAUCUGACAGAAAUAAUAUAUAUUCAAGUGAAGCAAAUUCCGCUAAAAGUAACAUGAAAAUGGGAGUGAACGGUGGUGAAAAUGAUGAGCUAGCAUCAUCGACAUCCAAGAUGGACCUUGAAAUGCUGCAGAAGAUUUUCAUGAAGGGAGAGCCAAAUCUGAUAAUCGAUUCAUAUGAAGAAGAAAAAGGCUCCGGCCGAGGUGACAACUACACGGCAGCCCUGUUUCGGCUCUCACUUCAAGGCUACACACGUUCCCAGGACGGAACCAAAAAGUCCCGCUGGAAGCGAGCGGUCAUUUGUAAGAAACUACCCGACUGCAAAGUCAACCGGGAGGCCUUCAAAAGUGAGGCCCUCUUCCGGAACGAGGUCGUCUUCUACAACCAAAUUCUGCCCCAAUUUGCGGCAUUCCAGCAGAGCAAAAGCACUGACCGGUCGCGCAUCUUUCUAGCCGUGCCGCAGUGCUACCUGGCCCAGGACGAUCUGGUCAUGCUGGAGGAUUUGCGCGUGCGAGGGUUCAGCACGCCGAAAAGGCAGGCCGGUAUCGGGCAGGAGCAGAUGCGGGCCACACUGGGCGAGUUGUCCAAGUUCCACGCGGUCAGUCUCGCUUACAGACUGCAGCAUCCGAACGAGUUUGCCAAGUUGACGGCCAAGAUUUCGGAGGGAUUUUUCGCCCCGAAGAACGCCGAAUGGUACAAGAAGUAUUACGCGAUUCUUACGCGGAAUGCCAUUCGGAUGGUUACGGAGUCCAUUCCGGAGAAGAGGUACCUGGAAAAGUUUGAAGGGUUUUUGGAAAACAUCUUCGAGAAUAUGGUCGAGCUGGUUGGACGGGAGAGUAAACUGGCGGUUGUUUGCCAUGGGGAUUGCUGGACGAACAAUAUCCUGUUCAAGUAUGAUGAGGAUGGACAAAUUACCGAGACUUGUUUGGUUGACUUCCAGCUGAUUCGUUACGGAUCGCUUGCACUUGAUCUAGCUUAUUUGAUUUACAACUUUACCGAUUCAACGCUCCGCCGGGAUAAUCUUCAAAGCUGGCUUCGGACCUAUCAUCAACAGCUGGUCAAGUCGUUGGAACUGCUCGGCUCGUUGCAAGCCAUCUGCACCGACGAAGAAGAUCUGUGGCGGCAGCUUCAGGAUGAGUUUAAGAUUUACGCACGUUUUGGGCUGGGCACAUCGCUGGAUAUGCUGCCCAUUAGUACCUGCUCUUCCGAAGAAGCUCCAGAUCUCUACGCCAGUGCUUCCGAGGCCAAGUCAACGCCACCGGAAAUGGAUAUUCCACCGAAUGAGACGUGCCAAAGAAAGAUGACUGACAUUUUGCUAGAUCUAGUCGAUGGUGGAAUGCUAUAAGCUCUUGCACUUCCCUCUAAACAAACAGUAUUCGAUGUGUAGAAGGUGGAAAUUACUGACCUGUUAAUGAAUUCUCAUGAAAGUUAAUGACAAUAAAACUAGUUCAUAGCCAGAAUAGCGAAAAGUUUA